AUGGCCCUGUUGCAGGCCCGCGAAGCCCUCUCCUUUCCCCCGGGCGACAAUGCGACCGACACCCUAAUCAACAAUGUUCACUUGAACCUGACGACCCUCGACCAUUGGAACUACACCCUCUACUCCAACGGCUCCUUGUCCAAUGGCUCGUGGUGUCUGUUAACCUUCGCCCAUUACGCGCCCUCAUACCUUCUCCCGAACGGCACCUUCCUUAAUGCAACAUGGUGUUGGUCGCCGACGGAACGCAUCGCGGUGCGCGGCGGUAUCGCCAUCGCCUAUGCCGUCCUGUUCGGCAUCGCUCUGGUCAUGACCAUCGUCUGUCUCAAUAAGCACGGCAAGCUCCAUCUUCCCGCAGAGAAGCGCUUCUACCCCAUCGGGAGGCGGUGGCAGUGGUACUGGGGCUCCUUCGUGUGCGCAACUGCUAUGAUCAGUCUGCUCGUCUCGGUGGAUGUCGACCGUUAUUUUCUGCCCGAACUGCCCGUCAUCCUGACAAGUUUCUUCUGGUAUCUCAUGCAAAUCGGCGCUGUCGCGCUGGUCUGGGAGGCUGUGCGCCAUUGGGGGAGUUGGAUGGAGCGGCAGUUUAUCGACCCCGAUCCCUUUUCGCUGCGAGACGACGACAGGAGGUCCAGAGUCGAAUUUUAUCUGCCGUUGCUUGCCUAUCUGUUCCUCUGGCUGAAUUUUUUCAUGAUCGUACCCCGGAACUGGACGGCUAUCCAGCAUCAGCGCUACCCUCAGCAGACGAUCGACGAAGCCGAGCCCACCGCGACAGACGCUCGUUUCAAAGCCGCCGCUUUCCUCCUGGCCGUGUGCUGGCUAAUAACCGCCUUCUCGCUGAGACACUCAAUCAAGUAUUAUUGCCCGCGCAACCGAGGUAUCUUCAACCGCAUCAUCGGUUUCGUCCGGUACACCCCGCUCCGCUUUGCUCUUAUCAUGCCGUUAGCGGCGGCUGUCAUUGCAUACCAGGGCUUGGUGGCCUUUCACUUCGACUACAGCCCUCUCAAGGUCGGCGGUCUGAACGCGGCCAUCUACGCGGGUGGCUACACCCCUGCGCUCCUCAUUGUUUGGAUCCAAGCCCUUUUCGGCUUCUUCAACCCCAACGAAGACCGUGAACUGCAGCGCCAGCGCCGCGUGCGUACGCAAGCACUCAACCGUGAGAUGGGUCUCGUCUUCAAACCGUCGUGGUGGCAGCGCAUCAAUGGCGAAUACAUGGACCCCAACGAGGGCAUGCGCGAGCGCUUGAUGCGCAACGUCCGCGAAAUUCACGGAACAAAGGCAACCGGGCAAACCAGCGGUACCACCCGUACUGAAGGAGCUGACGAGCCUGUCGAGAUGACACCCGUGUCCCCGCCACCGAUUGCCUCUCCCCGAGUGACAAGUCCGCCCGUCGAGCCGUACACGGGAAGAUCCGACAGGAGGCGGCAAGAGCGUACCGCGGAACUUGCUGCCGGGUUAUUAUUCCCCGAGGCUGCGCAGGGUUCUGCUGCUGCAACGGCCCGACGGCGUGCCGAGUUAAUGAUGGACGGCCCGCCACCACCAUCCUACACGGAUACGGUCGGGGGUACGCGCCCGGCUCCCAACUCUCAACCCCAAAACGUAGCGCGGAGCCUGAGUGGCCAGUCGACUACGUCGACCAACCAGCCACCCCAGCAGAUUAGAAGUAUGCUGGAUGUCUGA